AUGGUGAUUAAUAGGAUGACCGAUAAAAAACAGUAUUUAGCUGAUUAUUUGUUUGAAUAUUCUGUUGAUGAUGACAAACGGUUAACUGGUUUGUUUUGGGCUGAUGGGUUAUGCAAGCUGAACUUUAUGGAGUUUGGGGAUGUGAUAUCGUUCGAUGCAACUUUCAAGACAAACAGGUACAAGAUGGUGUUUGUUCCGUUCACUGGCAUUGACAACCACUGUCGAAAUGUAACCCUUGGAGCUGGGUUGUUGUCAUCGGAGAGCAUUGAAUCCUAUAAAUGGCUUUUGAAUUCAUUCGUAAAGUCAUUUGGUCUGCAGCCAAAGGUUGUAGUGACGGACCAAGACCCUGCUAUGAAACAGGCUAUUGAGGAGGUUUUUUCUACUAGCAGACACCGAUUGUGCAUGUGGCACAUAAUGAAAAAAGUGGCAGAUAAGUUGUGCAGUAACGAUGAGUUUAAAAGGAGGAUGUGCGACAUUGUAUGGACUGAUUCCAUUGAGCCUGAAGAGUUCGAGAGACAGUGGAAGUUGGUGAUGAUUGAGUUCGGUCUCACUGAAAACAAAUGGAUUGAUGAGAUGUUUUCAAUGAGAAACAUGUGGAUUCCGGCUUUUUACCGGCAUGAGCCCAUGUCUGAGUUUAUGAAUCAUUUUGACGGUGCAAUGGAUGUCCAAAGGUUCAAUCAUAGAAAGAAUGAUCAUAUUUCAAGAUAUACUCAGCCUGCUGAUUGGAGCGAAACUACUUUAGAAAAAGAUGCUGCUAAGAUCUACACCAGGUUUAUAUUCUUUGAUCACCAAAUAGAGAUUCAUGGAAAAAUUUCCGAAUGUCUGCCGAUGCACACCAAAAUCGAGGGUCCACAUAUUAAGAUAUUGUUGAAAGACUUUAAAGCCCAUGGAGAUGGUUUAUUAGAGAUGUUUGGUGUUAAAGAAAUACCAAACAAAUACGUUAUGAAGAGAUGGACAAAGGAUGUGGUGCCGAAUGAAUUAAAUGUGAAGUACAAUUUAAGGGUGGGUGACAAGGAUGUGCAACACAAGGCUAAACGGAUUGCUCGUGAAAUCAUCCACACAGGAGAGUAUUUGGACAAAGUAAUUUGA